AUUACUGGAAGUCAUGACCGAACCAUCAAAGUAUGGGAUUUACAGAAAGGAUAUUGUAUCAGAACGAUUUUCUCAUUUUCUAGCUGUAAUGAUGUAGUUCCUUUAGAUGAGGAAGGCACGACUCUUGUAAGCGGUCACCUGGAUAAUAAUUUACGUUUCUGGGAUGUGCGAUCAGGGAAAGAUAUUAAGGAAUUGACUGGCAUCCAUUUGGGACAAAUUACCUCUGUUUCUGUAUCUCCCGAUGGAUCCAAAGUGUUAACUAAUUCUCGCGAUAACACGUUGAAAAUAGUUGAUCUAAGGACAUACGAUGUCGAACAAACAUUACAUGCUGAGGGCUAUAAAACUGGGGCCAAUUGGUCUAAGUCUUGUUUUAGUCCUGACGGAAGAUACGUGGCAGCGGGUUCAUUGGAUGGUACCAUAUUUUAUUGGAACAUCCAAAAAUCUAAACUCGAGAAAACAGUGAAGGAGCAUAAUUCUUCGGUAUGCGGUGUAUCUUGGAGUCCCCAGGGAGGCCAAGUGUUUAGUGCUGACAAGGAUCGUACA